AUGUCAACAUUUCUGCACUAUUUGAAUACACUAAGAUGUUACCGUUCGCUUAUUUAUUUUAGCGCUCUAAAGAAAAAACUAAAAGCUGCUGAACGUGAGAAGAAAAAGGCCGAAUCGGCAAUGAAGCAAGUUGUUCAUAACCACGGAACUGGUAAUGCGAAAGAGGAAGAGCUUGACGAUCAACAAUACUAUGAAAUGCGUCUGGCCUCCAUUCGCAAAUUGAAGGAGGACGGUGCAAUUAACCCCUAUCCGCACAAAUUCUCGGCUUCAAUCAGCGUUCCGGAAUUCAGAAAGAAAUAUGAUCAUCUGGAGAAUGGUCAACAUCUUAAUGAUGUCGAAGUUAGCAUUGCUGGUCGACUUUAUUCGAAACGAUCUUCUGGUUCUAAACUCAUUUUCUACGAUUUGUUUUCCGAUAUGGCCAAAGUUCAAGUCAUGUUUACUCUUAAAGAAUAUCAUGAUGAGAAAGAAUUUUAUGAAAUGGGAAAAAUUAUCCAUCGUGGCGAUAUUGUUGGUAUUGUUGGGAAGCCAUGCAAAUCAAAGCUCGGAGAACUUUCCAUUCUGCCAAUGAGGAUCGUUCUUCUUGCGCCCUGCUUGCAGCAAUUGCCCCACAGUCAUUUUGGACUUAAAGACAAGGAAACUCGCUAUAGACAGCGCCACUUAGAUCUAAUUAUGAAUAAAGAUGUUAUGGAUCGUUUCUAUAAUCGAUUCAAGAUUUGCAAAUAUCUUGAGAGCUAUUUGGAUUCACAAGGUUUCUUAGGUGUUGAGACUCCGAUUUUGACUGUUUUACCUGGUGGUGCAGCAGCCAAACCUUUUAUUACUUAUCAUAACGAUUUGAAAAUGGAUCUCUAUCUUCGUAUCGCACCAGAGCUUUACCUUAAACAGCUAGUAGUUGGUGGUAUCAAUCGUGUUUAUGAAAAGGGAAAGCUCUUCCGCAAUGAGGGUAUAGAUCUUACUCACAAUCCUGAGUUUACCUCCUGUGAGUUCUACAUGGCCUAUGCAGAUUACAAUGAUCUCAUUCAUAUGACUGAAGAAUUGCUUUCCGGUAUGGUGAAAAUGCUGUUCGGUUCUUACAAGUUCACCUAUCAGCCAGAACCUGAUAUGGAACCAGUUGAGGUUGAUUUCACACCUCCUUUCAAGCAAAUCGAUUUAUACGAAGGAUUAAAAGAGCACUAUCCCGGUGUAGAGUUUCCUGAUCCCACAGAACUUCAUACUGAGGAGGCUCGAUUAAAACUGGUCGAGAUUGCUGACAAAUUCAACGUACAGUGUGGUGAGCCCAAGACUGCUGCAAGACUUCUUGAUAAACUUGUUGGUGAACGAAUUGAGCCUACUUGUAUUAAUCCAACUUUCAUUAUGAAUCAUCCUGAAGUUAUGAGCCCUCUUGCUAAAUGGCAUCGUUCUCGCCCUGGUCUCACUGAACGUUUUGAGAUGUUCUGUCUCACCAAGGAGUUGGUCAAUGCCUACACCGAGUUGAAUGAUCCCGAAGUUCAAAAGCAACGAUUUGAGGAACAGGCUAGAGAUAAGGCUGCUGGAGAUGAAGAGGCCAUGGCUAUUGAUGAAGGUUUCAUCCAAGCUCUCUCUUACGGUCUUCCCCCAACUGCUGGAUGGGGUCUAGGUAUUGAUCGACUGGUUAUGUUUCUAACGAACACAAACAACAUAAGGGAGGUUAUUUUCUUUCCAACUAUGAAACCAGAAGAGGGCGUGACGGUUGCUCCUGGUAUUUCAGCAAUACCUGGUACCGCAGUUGCUCCACCUGAUACUGAUACGACUGCUUCUGCCUCAUAA